AGUUCCCCUCUGCCUUUGAGCGAGUCCCUCAGUGUGGGGACAGUUCUGUCUUGGCUAUGGAGGUCUCAGCAGCCUGACCUACAUUCAAACAAUGAUAUUGGAUUCGAGAAGCUGCGGAACCUAAUAUUAACACCUCAUCAUUCCCAUUGGACUUUUUCCGUACUCGUCCCCAUAGACUAUGUCCCAGUAUUCCCAUAACUAUCUACUAGUUCCUAUCCCUGAAUACCCUCUCUUGGACUGUGAUGCUAACAGGAACAUCAAGAUUGUGGUUCUGGGGGGCAGCGGUGUGGGAAAAACAGCUCUGGUCGUAAGAUUUCUUACAAAGAGAUUUAUUGGAGACUAUGAAGCAAACACUGGUGCAUUAUACUCAAGAAAAGUGACAAUCGAUGGGGAACAAAUUUCACUUCAAGUGCAGGACACACCCUAUGUUUCAAUGGAGGAAGACGCAGACAGUAUUUGCUGCCAGGAGCAAAUCAACCGAUCCAUUUACUGGGCAGAUGGCUUCGUUCUUGUGUUUUCAAUCACAGACUACAAUAGUUACCGAGUGAUUAGACCUCUGUACCAGCACUUACGAAAAAUUCACCCAAACACCAAAAUCCCACUUCUUCUGGUAGGAAAUAAAGCUGAUCUCUUGAGGGCCCGGCAGGUGGAAUCUGAUGAGGGGCUCCAGCUAGCCAAUGAACUGACUGGCACAUAUGCUGAAGUAUCUGCCAGAGAAAAUUAUGAAGGGGUAUAUGGAGCAUUCUACCAGCUUUGUCAAGAGGUUGGCAAGAUGAUUUUCAGUUGUAAUGGAGAAAAACGAAGAGGACUCCAUCUUGUCCGGCCUAGGUCUCCCAACAUGCAAGACCUGAAAAGACGUUUUAAGCAAGUGUUAUCCUCUAAAGUCAAGUCUACCACAACCCUCUGACCAAGACUGCACGAGUAACAGGAACUGUCACAUUUCAGAUGUAUACAUCAAAUCAACUUCCUCAUCAAAAUGUAUACCCAGAAAUUGCACUGGAACAGUUUGUGUUCCUUUGUGCGCCAACAUUGCUAGUAUUUGUGGAAUGUGGAACCUCAACAUAUUAUGCAGCUGUAUUUAACAUAUACCUGUUACAUAGAAGAAGGACUUCUGCGGGUGUU